AAUCAUCCAUGGAUGAAUCAAUUCGUUCUGUUAGCUGGUCUCUCGAUCUUCUGCUCCCUCUUCUCACAGAGACAGCUACAAUUAGAAAUGGAGUAAUGGGUGGGAUUCUCAGGCAAUAAUUAAGACGAUUUCUACUGAAACAAGUAUAGAAGUUGUGGUUGGUCUUUUUCGAGUGAAGUGAAAUUGUUUUAAAUCAAAAACGAAAUUAAAAAGUUGUGGGAUUUGAUAGUGAACAAUGAUUAUGAACUGGGUGAGCAAGCUGCGGUUGUUUGGUUCCAUUUGUUUUGCAAAUUGUGGAUGCUUAUUUGCGUUAAUAUUAUGAUUGGUGAAUUUCAAAGGAGCGAUUGAAAAGGUUGUUAGAAUAGAACCUAGAAUCUGGAAAUGGAACCCAAAUCACCUUCCAAAGUUAAGUUCCCAGCUGAGGAAUACAAUCCAUGGAAAGGAGUCUUGAAUGUUUUUUCUGUUGGAUUUCUCAUUCUGUUAUCGUCUAUUGGUGUUUAUCUUGCAUUUAAUUUCGUGAAGGCUCGAAAUGUAUUCGAGAGUUCGUACUAUACUGUUGUCGUGGAUUGUGGAAGCACCGGAACACGAGUGAAUGUAUUUGAGUGGGGAAAAAGGGGUUUAAUUAGUCAGGGCCUGCCUUCUUUGUUGCAUUAUUAUCCAGAUGAUUCGACCGAGAGUGAAUCUUGCCACUAUCAUUGCAUGCAAACUGAGCCUGGUUUAGACAAAUUUGUUGGUAAUGCUUCAGGAGUUAGGGCCUCUUUAGAACCGUUGAUUGCAUGGACGGAACUGAGGGUACCUUGUGAAAGACAUGUAGAUACUUCCAUUAUUGUUUUAGCUACUGCUGGGUUGAGAAGGUUGGUUUCCAGGGAUGCUAAGCAGGUCCUGGAUGAUGUAGAGAUUGUUCUAAGGGAACAUUCUUUUGUAUAUACUAAGAACUGGAUCAGGGUUCUGACAGGUAAAGAAGAGGCCUACUAUGGUUGGGUUGCUCUGAACUAUAAAAUGGGUAGCCUUGGAAGUUCCUCAAAAGGAUCUACCUUUGGACUUCUUGAUCUAGGAGGUUCAUCAUUGCAGGUUGUGGUGGAAGUGGCUGACGAGAAUGACAACGGAAAUGUCAUGACAUCAGAUAUUGGUUCAACUAAUCAUAAGAUUUUAGCAUACUCGUUACCAGCAUUUGGCUUGAAUGAGGCAUUUGAUCAGACAGUGGUCAUGCUCGGUCGAAAUCAAGCGGAUAGGAGAUAUGCCUCUAACAAACUAGAACUCAGGCACCCUUGUCUUAGUUCUAAUUUUGUGCAAAAUUACACUUGUUCUGGUUGCACCAUGCUAAACAUAACUGAUGAUUUGGAAAAUUCUGAAGUUCAAAUUUAUAAAAAUCGAUUUUCUUCGAUACAUUUGGUUGGAGACCUAAAUUGGGAGCAAUGCAAGGAGCUUGUGAAGGCGGCUGCAAUGAACUAUAGCGAUUCAGAUUGGUCAGAGCACAAAGUUGAUAGAAACUGUGAAGCAAAUUUAUCUUCUUAUGGUGGCAGUAACAUACUAAAUUUGACACCUGUUGCCCAUCACAGUGGACGUUUUCAUGCUUUAUCUGGGUUUUUUGUUGUUUACGACAUGUUAAACUUGAGUACAAGAGCCAGUGUGACAGAGAUUUGGGACAAGGGUGAGCAGUUAUGUUCAUCAUCAUCGACCGAGUGGAACAUUGAUAUCCAAAGACAAAAGUACGCUGGAUACUAUUGUUUCCUGGUGUCAUAUUUAGCAUCGCUUAUUGAAGAUGCUUUAUGCCUCGGCAAUGCAGAGAUAGUUUUCGGCCCAGGCGACAUUUCGUGGACGUUAGGAGCUGCAAUAGUUCAUCAGCUAAAUGCUAAUGAAGCUCUUGCAAGCAUUUCAACUAUAAAAAACUUGAAGAUCUCAUCCACUGUUUUCCUUUUAGUUAUAUUGCUAACCCUUUUCCUUGUAGUGUAUUGCAGCCAAAUCAAGCUGCCUAUGCUCGGCAGGAAGAUUUCCAAUGUCGGGGUAUUGUUGCCAUCUUACUACGUUCAUGCUAGACGCCGAUCGAAUUGAUAUCAAACAUGCUCACAUUGACAUAGCACUUGAGUAAUUGUUGUAGUUAGUCUGAUUGUACAACCAAAACUCGUUCAUUCAUUUGUUAGCUUGGGAGUUUCUUUGAAGAAACUACUAUAUAGGUUGCAAAAGAAUCUGACAUUUUGUUA